GGCAUGGACAUUUCAAAUCUGGCCUGAAAAUGUUCUAACAGACAAAUUCUGGCUGAUAACACAGGAUACUGAUAUAGCUGUAGGGCCAAGAAGACUGCCAAGGUCAACACAGGCAAGAGAACACUUUAUGAAAAACAUAUCAAAAACGACAGCUGGACAUCAUAACACUAAUUUCAAUUUAAGGCCUGAUGAAAACGAGAAACAAAACGAAAACAUAACGAGGCGAGUUUUCUGCUUGACAUAAAUCCAUGGGAAUCAUUUCUGUUUCCAAAACAAAUAAGGGCUGUGCGGGUUUACAUCAACUCAAUAAGUGUCACGUAGGGUUUCUGCGCCGUUUGUUUACAAACUCUUAAACUUUUUGACUUGACAGGGAUUUUUCUGACGCUACGUCAACAGAGGUGGAAUGCGCGCGUGCCAAUAGAUGUUAAUAAGAUAAGACAGACGCGCUGUUCAGAAGUGAGUCGCGCGGCUUCUAGUCGGAGGACGCUCACUGAAAACUUGCUUAUGUGAUGCCAGUUGUUUUAUCCCACUAAAGAAGAGGAAUAUUUGUUAAAAGCAGCGAGGAUUUAUUUGUCCUCGUGCCUCCACUUUUUGCGCACCACAUGGUCUAAACUUAGUUUUAAUCGUGUCUCAGCGGUGCAUUUAAAAAGUUUUCAUGCUUUUCUCGAUCAUUGUUGGAUAUGAUGCCAGUUCAAAGAUUCGCCGACAAACCAAGGACACAUCGUUGGAACAGUUUCAGGUAGAUUUGACCCGUUUGUGGAUCUAAAUCCCUGGAUGAUGCUCUCAAUGCAAAAACACGUCCUCUUGUUCAUUUUUGUCCUCAAUACGACUCCCAUACCUCUGCAACUAAGGGUGGAUGGCAACCCUUUAGUCAUGGAUCCCAAUAGUAUCUGCCGUAAGACUAGAACUUUGGGAAGCAGACAUGCCGACCUGUGCCAGUCUCAGCCUGAGAUCAUUCAAGAAGUGGCAAAAGGUGCCCAGCUGGGCAUACGAGAAUGCCAACAUCAGUUCCACAACCGUCGCUGGAACUGCACCAGCCAGAGCAGAAACCUGGCCAAGAUCCUGCAACAAGAUAUCCGGGAAACUGCAUUUUUGUAUGCCAUCACAGCUGCUGGGGUGAUGCAUGCAGUAACACAAGCCUGCAGCCAGGGGGCGCUGCCACAGUGCGGCUGUGUGACCCUUCAGAGUUCCUCUCAAACUCACCAGGACUUCCAGCCAGAGGAGGUACCUAUCCAGGCUUCACCUGUCCAAAAUGGGCGCUGGGAAUGGGGGGGCUGUGGAGAUGAUGUGGACUUUGGCAAUGAGAAGUCUCGUCAGUUCAUGGACACCAGGCAGAGAAAAGGCAAAAGUGACAUCAGGACCCUUAUUGACCUGCACAACAAUGAGGCAGGAAGACUGGCCAUACAGAUACAGAUGCGAACAGAGUGUAAAUGUCAUGGCCUUUCUGGUUCCUGCACUCUUCGCAGCUGCUGGAGGAAGAUGCCUCUCUUCCGUCAGGUCGGCGACUAUCUCAUGCAGAGCUUCCAUACGGCCGUCCGCGUGAUGGGUGGGAAUGACGGGAAAUCGCUUGUCCCCAUCGAUCCGGAUAACCCUCCCCUAGAUGCAACCGUCCUCAUUUAUUCAGCUGAGUCACCUGAUUUCUGUCAGGCCAAUCAAAGGACCGGUACAGAAGGCACACAGGGCCGUGUGUGUAACAGCACAGAGACAGGCCCGGGAGGCUGUGACAGCCUGUGCUGUGGUAAUGGAUUUGCAGAUUACACACUGGAACACGAGGAAAACUGUCUGUGUCGGUUUCACUGGUGCUGUGAGGUUCAGUGCCAGAGAUGUUCUGUGAGACAGGACGUCAGCCUCUGCUUGUGAAGUCCACUCGAGGAGAUUGCAUCUGUGAUAGUCCUCUUUGAGCUAGACGGGCACAUUUGUUUUCUCUCCUAUGCAGAGGAGCAUCCUCUGUGCAGAAGGAAGCAGUGACGUGUGAAAACAAGUCCGCUGGUUAUUGCAAACAAGACUGAGCAUUAUCUAAAAGUCAGGUGGGAGUCUGGGAUUGUAUGUCUGCUUUCGAAAACAAGCACAUGUCAUGCUGCCACCUGCUGGUCCUUUAUUAAGAGAAAUAAGUGUAUACAGAAAUAAUUGAUUUUCUCCAGUGUUUUCAGAACAAUACCUGGGAAUAGACUGAGCUUGAAAUUUGAGACAAAAACAUCCUCUUAUAAACUUUAGCCACAUCAAAUAUCUGUGGCUUGUGGUCAUUUUCUUGGUAUUUGAAAAUGAACCAAUUUCAGCACUGUCCAAGGUGCUGAAUCCCUGACUGAUUUGUUGUCUGGCAAACCUAAAGAUACAGUCAGUACCCAACUGAUUUAGAACAUUUAUUGGUUUAAUUAUGAAUCAUUUGUCUAUAAUUUGACAUUUUCCAGCAAUUUCUCUUUUUCCUGUCCAUGCUUUUAAUGAGCAUUUGUUUGUUGCAAGACACUGAAAGGUCACCUCAAAAAUGUGCUCCAUGCGGUAACAUCUAAAUUAAUAAUUCAUUUUACCCAUCAAAAUGUUAUUUAACAUUAGUGAAUCAACCUAAAUAUAUUAGGUUACACCAACAAAACUAAAUUUAAGGUUAUGAUCAAUGGAAUAUCGUUCCUUGUUAUAAUCACUCUGACAUGUUUGUAGAGCCGUCUAUAAGGAUGCCAGUAGACGUGGAUGUAUGAACACUUUUCCAACUUUAUUUACGCCUCAUAUUCUCCGGUCUUAUACAUGCGACUCACACACGUACAAUGUGUGUGUGCGGGUGUCGCCUUCUGACGUCUUCACAGAAUCAAUAAAAUGCUUAUACAUUACAAUCAGGUAGCUUUGUAACGUUUUCAGGUUUACCAUAUUUUACAGCGCAACUCUAAACAUAAUACACAACGCUAAUGUUUUAAGACGCUGUUUUAUGUUUGUCUAAAAAUGAAUGUCCACAAGGUGGAGCAUAAGCAUAUGAGCAUAAGAAUCAGUGCUGCUCAAAUGUCUGAGGCUACUGUCUGUAAGUAAUGCACCAUGUACCACUAGGGGUUUAAAUGACCCUUUAUUUGUGUUAUGGUAUCUAUUUAAAAAGUAUGAAUGAUCUAAA